CCCUCUACUGCUAGCCUGGGGGCUGCUCUUCUCUGGGGUCGCCCAUGCUGAUGACAACCCCUGGAGACCGUGCACAGAUUUGCUGCCAUUGGACCUCCUGCAGCGCGUGUUGCCGGGAGACGGUGGAGCAUUGGAGGGGGUGCGCAUGGUGCAGACUCGGGGAGCGCGAGGUGUACGCAUUACUGGGGGUCAAAGGUCAAUGAGUUUUCCAGCGUCCCAGAUCUUCAUCAACUGCCCCCUCUUCCCCUCCGAGUUCUCCAUGGUCAUCACACUCAACUUACCACGUGCAAACCAACAGAGGGACUCUGAGUACGUCUUCACUCUCCUGGACGAGGAGAAGGAUCGCGUGCUGCUGGGCUUGAGCGUCGCCCAUGGAGACGUGCACUUCCUGUUCUGGAGUGGGCUUGGCCGCCGGCGUGUGUCGUUCAAGGGCGUGGCUCUGGCGGACGGGCGCUGGCACACACUCGUGCUGGCUGUUACGGGUCAAUUCACCAUCCUCACGCUGGACUGUGGCAUGCCUCUCGAGCUGAUCCAUGACAGGCCAUUCCCCUCUGAUCUAGACACCAGAGGAUCACGCUUCUUCAUCGGAAGCCGCAGGAGAUAUAGAGGUCUCUUCUCAGGCCUACUGCGGCAGCUGGUGCUGUUACCUGGCUCUGAUGCCACCCCGCGCAUGUGCCCGUCCUCAGUGCCCAGCCUGCCAGUUCUCUCCGUGCCCCCCUCUCUGCUGCAGCUCCCUGCCAAGGGCUCCAGUGCCAACCAGCUGCCCCUUUAUCCAUACGAGGCUGAAGUGCGCGUGACAGAGGGUUUGGUGCCCCCUUGUGGUGAUCUAGAGCAGGGCCAGCUUUGGGUCAACACUCUGAAGAGGGGCCUCUAUCUGUGUGAUGGACUCAUGUGGCUCCCUAUGCUCGAAGAGCAUGCACGGCUGGACUACGUGGAGGAUUACCAGUACCUCCACACGCGUUCCAAGACCUCCGACACCGAGGUCUUCUUCAUCCCGUCCGCUGGACUCUUCCUGGCUGCCGCCGGACGGGAUUCCCAGUCGGGAUCCGCCAUCUACAAGUGGGAAGAGGGGAAAUUCCGGCUCUACCAGAACAUCAGCACGUUCGAGGCUCAAGCCUGGAAGUACUUCACCAUUGGGAAAAGGAGACACACACAUACAAGCUUCCUGGUGGUGGCUAACUCAGGCAGCAGUAGUGAGGAGGCUGGGGGAGGAGAAGAGUACUCCAUCAUCUAUAAGUGGAACCCGCACAAGCAACAGUUCUUUCGCUACCAGAGCCUGCAAACACACACUGCUCAGGACUGGGAGGCAUUCAGCAUCCAUGGAGAGGCCUACCUCGCCGUGGCCAAUCACAGAAGAGCUGACAACAACCACAACAUAGACAGCGUCAUCUACAAGUGGAACCCAGGAACCAAGCUCUUCGAGGUGAACCAGACCCUUCUGACGUCCGGCGCGUACGACUGGGAGUUCUUCAGCGUGGGGCCCUACCACUUCCUGGCUGUGGCCAACACGUUUGAUGGCGUCACCACCUGCAUCAACUCCACCAUCUAUGUGAGGGUGGCCGGGCAGUUCCAGCACUUUCAGGACAUCACUACGUUCGGGGCGACGGACUGGGAGAUGUUUGAGAUCGAUGGGCGGGUCUUCCUGGCGGUGGCCAAUGGGGAGCUACACACACGCGGGUCGAGCCAAUACUCCAUCAACUCCACCAUCUACGAGCUCAACAUGGAGCUGCAGAGGUUCAUCAGAUUCCAGGACAUACUCACACACACGGCAGUGGACUGGGAGUUCUUCACGGUUGGGACGCAGAGCUUCCUGGUGGUGGCCAACUCCUACAACGGCACCUCCUACUCACUCAACAGUGCCAUCUACAGAUGGCAGGGUUCAGAGGGGUUUGUGUCCGUUCAUGAGCUGCUGACGGUGGGCUGUAGGGACUGGGAGUUCUUCCACAGCAGUGAGGGCUCCUUCCUCAUAUACGCCAGCGCCACCUCAACUCUCUCCAAAGUCUUCAGGCUCAAGACCUACUAAAGCAUCCUCAUCCUCAACUCUCUCCAAAGUCUUCAGGCUCAAGACCUACUAAAGCAUCCUCAUCCUCAACACUCUCCUAAAAGUCUUCAGACUCAAGACCUACUGAAUCCUGCUCAUCUUUAACACUCUCCAAAGUCUUCAGACUCAAACGGAUGCUCUUCAAAAUCAACAAGCCCAAGAACUACUAAAGCCUCCUCAUCUUCAACAUUCUCAAAAGUCUUCAGACUCAAAACUUACCGAACCCUCAUCAUCCAGAGCAACCUCAAAACUCUCCUCACAGACUCACAACCUUCACUGUGACCUCAAAUAUAUUUAAAAUGGAUUCUCUAAACUUACUGAAGGCUUACAUAUUUUCAUAUUUUAUAUCAAAAUUAAUGUAAUAAUUAAGUGCAAAUACAAGUGCACUUAAGCGCAAUACCUGGGUGCUGUGGCAGCUAUGUACUUUACAAAUUGAUGUGGUCGUAUCUUCCAUUUAAGCUAUUCUCUCAACAUACACACAUUUCAAGUUGUUAUUCAUUAUACUGUAUAUAUAUAUACUUUUUUUGACAUUUAGCUAUUUUUCCUUUUAAACAAUUCAUUCCACACAUAGACCUAUUUGUCACGAGCAUAAGCUACUUCACACGUCAUCACUGUCUAAUACAUAAUUUGUAUCAUCUACUCUAAGACUUGAAUACCAUAUUUUCAAAUGCAGAGCAGAUACACUUUCUUGACUGAAAAAAUGAUUCAAAUGAUUCAAAGAAUCUGAAACAAUAUGUUUUUAUCAUCACAAAUAUCCCCUAUAGCUUUGCAUUUUAUUUGGAUUCACACUCGUCUGUUCUUGCUUGAGCAUGACUGUGUUUAACACAUUUUUGUAUAAAGAGAUUAUUAUUGGAAUCAUGUUGCCAGGAUUCAAUAAAUUCACCAUGUCUCAAAACAUGGUGUUGUUAUUUCUACACUGCUAUUUUAAACAUGAAUCAGUUUGUACAACGUAGACUUGUAAGCAGUAUUCAAAAAAUUCAUCAUAUCCAUGCACUUCGACUUGAAAAAGCACAGGAAUAAACUCAGAUAUCAGGCAUACUUUUUGGAAAAAACAAUCUGUGACAUUGGCCAAUAUGUCCCUUAUUAUGAUGGAAGUUGACUUGUUUAAUUAAAAGCAUUUCUGCAGCCUGUAGCUCCUGAGGGUUUUAUACUGUAUGUAAAUACAUUCAUGAAAUUUAAAUAAAAAAUAUGUAAAUCAUGUGCUUUUUUGACUAUU